UACAGAGACGGGGCAUGCAGAUGGUCAGCCUGUGGUGAUCCUUCUAGGUUGGGCAGGCUGCCAGGACAAAUACCUGGCCAAAUACAGUGCAAUCUACAGUCAGAAGGGGUGCACCGUCAUCCGCUACACGGCUUCAUGGAGGAUGAUAUUCUUCUCUGAGACCUUUGGCAUCAGAUCCCUCCAGACCCCAGCCAGGCGACUCCUGGAGCUGCUCUUUGACUACAGCGUUGAAAACAGACCGGUUCUUUUUCAUGUUUUUAGCAAUGGUGGUGUCAUGCUGUACCGUUACAUCAUCGAGGCGCUCCACACUCACAAGCCAUUUAAGAACCUCAAAGUGGCAGGCACCAUUUUCGAUAGUGCCCCUGGCAGAAGAAACUUGAGAGGAGGCCUUCGUGCCUUGGCAACUGUCUUGGUAUCCACGAAUGUGCUGCUCAAGUAUUUCCUCCUAUUUGCUUUUGCUACUACAGCUGUCGUGCUGCGGAUCUUGCUGUACCCAUUGACCCGCUUCAUCCACGAGAGCCAUUACGAUGCCCUGCUGAAAGCGCCCUCGCGCUGGCCUGAGCUUUACCUCUAUUCCCAAGCCGAUGCCAUCAUCAAGGCCAGCGAAGUUAAGCACAUGGCUGAUGCCCGGCAGCAGCUCGGUGUCUCCGUGAAAGCUAUAGACUUCUCGGAUUCGGCUCACGUCAGCCAUAUGCGGGCGUAUCCCACCUAUUACGGCAACCUCUGUACGACUUUCCUGUCUGACUGUGUCGGGGGCUCACCUCGUUAGUGGUGUAAUGACCCCCAAUGUUUGCCUCUGCUUUGCUCAGCUUGUAUGGGAAAUGCCACCCCUUUUGUGUCUUUGAAGGGAGGAAAGUAGAGACUUCUUAGCUUUUUUUUUUUUCCUCCUCCCCUCCCCUCCCCUCCCCUCCCCUCCGCCAUCUACAAGUCUGAAAGCCUCCAGGCUGGCCUUUGUAUAGCAGAAGGUAGAUAUGGAUUAAUUUAAAGUACUGAAGGUGAAAUCCUAGCGUGGUUGAAGUUGAUCUGCUUUACCAAGGUGUGUCAGACCAGAAUUUCGCAUCGAGUGUUACUUGUUUCUUCCUGUCUCGUGGUGUUCUCUGCUUUCCAUGUUGUCUCCUUGUCCUUGAUGUCCAAUGUGCGUGUUCUGUUGCUUUGUACUGAUUUUACAAUACAGCUCUUCAACGUCUUUGUUGUUUCUUUCCUCUCUGCCAUUUCUUUUAUCUUGCAGCGAGCAAACAGGAGCAGCUCUGCAGGACUUCUCUCUUCUCUCGGUGCAUCCCAGCUCUUGUUAUACUCCCUGCUGGAGAUCAGGCCCAGAAGCCAAGUGUAAGACCUGGGAAAGGCUUGUGCGGGGCAGUAUGACCAGUCUGUCAUCUGGUUCCGUUAAAUAGCUGAGAUAGAUGGAGCAGUCAAAGCUCUGAUCCUUGGUGGGAGCUCGAAUGUUUGUGACAACUUUUGCGUUCUUCAACCAAAAGAUUUAAGUUAACCUUUUUGAAUGUGUCUUGUGUUUUGUUUGCCUUCCUUCCAGUCUUUUGUGUGUUCUCCCAAGUAGUUUUGCUUUCUUGGAGAACUGCUCAUUUAUUAUUGUGUGUCUUUGAGCAGCCUAUAUUGUGCAUCUGGAAAUGCAGCGAAACUGGCACAGCUGUAACCUGAAAGACCUCAGAAAUAGAAAGGUGGAACUGCAGAGAAAAAUGAAACUGUCUCUUGGAGCUGUGAUUUAUACUGGGUGUUUCUUAGAUCACUUCCAGCCCACAAAUGACCAUGAAAUUCAAUGUUUUUCCCCAUAAUGUUCUCUUCAGAUGAUCAGUCUUUGCUGUCCAUGCAGCGUGUACUAGUGAUACAAGAAAUUAAUUCCUUCCACCUAGUGAGAAAGUAGCUCAUUGCACUGCGCUUCAGGCAUGUUUGGUUCUGGGUUUUGUUGUUUAUUUUGGGGAGAAGCGGGGAUAAAGACAGAGGAGAGCCUGCUAAGAACAUGUUUACGCCAUGUCACAGCAUUGCAAGCUAAUUAAUAAUGCGGCAGACAGGAUUAGGUGACUUUAAAUUCCUAGUCAAAGGUUGCUGGGAACAGGCUCUGGAGGGCUAUGGGCCUGUUUGAACAAGGGGCUGCCCUCGAGAGGUAGGAACAUAAAAAGCACGAGGAUUUUUCCAGCUGUUUGCUGCCUGUGGGCUGCUGUGCUUGUCUUGUCCACCCUUGGGGUGCUGUCAUCCACAAUUACAAAGCACUUGCUGUUCUGAAUCGAAACGCAGAGAGGCAGGCCUCUGGGGAAGCACUGAAAUAAUUUGGAAGUUUAAAAUGAGAGCCAUAACACCUCACAGAAGUGGAAGCACAGGGUGAGUCGUGGUCAGUGGCCAAAACAACUGUUUCUGGCAGGCUAGUGUGGCAACCCUUACUUAAAGCAAAGAAUAACCCCAUGUCGGGCGUGGUUUUAAAGGGUGGACUGGGGUGUAUAGGAUAGGUGAGAAUUAACUGAAAAGGGGCUGAUGGCCUGGUUUGUCUUCGAUUUUUUUAAAGUGAAAACUGGCUCCAGGCGCAGGGGCCCUUGUUGCUCAGGGUCCAGUUUUCUGUAGGUGUGAUCCCAGUUUCAGCUUCCACUGUGAAGAGGAGCUGUGAGGGCUGCCCUGCGGUAAGAUAGCCUUCAGCCUGCUGCUUUUCAUGAAGAAAUUCCUGUUCCUAGGGUUUGGACCUGUAAAAGGCAGGCACGUUCCCCUAUCCCCAGAAAGCCCAUCGGAGAUCUCCCAGCUUUUUAAAGCAGACCCCUGGUUUGUGCUGUCAGUGCCAUAACUCCUGAGCUGUGAUAUGUUUUCCUGCCUUCCUGGAGAGCUGGGCUGUGUCUUCUGAGCAUCCAGCCUGUUUGUGGCACCGUGAAAACUCUUGGGGAGCAGAGGUGAUAAAGGUUAUUUAACUAGCACUUGCCCUCGUGCUGGUUUCUACGGGUUCAGUAUUUACAGAACAGUUAAACACUCCAUAAUAUACGCCUCUGAAUUAAUACAGUUGUGCUGGGCUGGGAAUCUGCUGUUCCUGUUUAUUGCCGUGGGCGUUGAACUUCGACUAUUGAAGGACUCAGGCUGUUGCGGAGCGUGGCUGGCAGGAGCUGGAGCUAAACCCUCUGUCCCUGUGUGAUGAGAUGGCGAAGCUCCCUCCGGGAAGAGCCCCAUGCGUGUCAGUACACCUUCCACCCCUCCUUCACCUCCCCACCACGGGAUUGGUGCUCCCCCAACUCAGCCCAGCUCUGUUCCACCUCCCCGCUUUCCAGGGCAGCAGGCAGGGAGUGGGUGCUGCCUGCUGGAGCCCCGCAGUCGGAGGUGCCCGGUGCUAUGCGAGCGGGAACCAGCUCACAGGCAUUUCCACUGCUGCGAAACUGACUUGAAAUUCAGGGCUAAUUCACGUGCACAACUCUCUAAGAGCAGGGGGGGAUCUCGAGCAAGCCAGUGAUUUACAGGUGAGGUCAUCGGCACCAAUCUUCUGGGUGGGUUUAGUUUUCCGUGUCCCAGCAAGUUUUACUGAUGAUUAUGAGCCAUGUGUUACAUGUAUUGCGUGAUAUAUUGCCCUCUUCUUUCCUAUACAGCAUGUAUACUUGCCCUCCCCCCUUCUGCCCUCUUUAUUUCUGUUGCUUGUUAUUUGAAACAGAAGGUUAAUAACUUGGAGCCCGAAGGCACAUGGCCAAGAACGGGUCCAAGCACUACUGGAUUUAAAAAAAACCCAGCCUCAAACCCUUAAUCCUUGCUAAACUGUCACAGUUUGGUGCAGCCUGCGUUUCUAAAGAGCUUCAGCCUGAACACGGAAAGCCAAAGGUUGGGAUAUCUUGGCAAAUCCAAGCGAAUCUCUGAGAUGAGCUAUGGGAGGGCUAUCGCAGAUCUGCUCUUUGGGAGGAAAAGUGCCGCGUCCCUGGGCUUGCCUCGUGGGUAGGGAGCGGGAUAUGGCACCGGCGAUCUCUGCCUGGGGAGCCCGGAGCUCGUUUUCCUACAGUCCAGCCCUCGUGCGCAGACGGUGGAGCGGCGUGGACCGAACACCAGCGGUGGUGGGAGAGGAGGAUGCCCGUGGGCCAGCUGCUGCCAUUGUGUAUUUCCCAGCUACGUUCAUUUUGCAAGAGCACAAAUUAACCUUUCCUCAGCAACAAAAGCCAUUUGUGAGUGUUUCCUGUGAGGGAGCUGGCUGCCAGCUCGCUCCCCUGUGCCGCAUUCUCUCCCCAGGCAGCGGUGAUGUUACAGGAAGGUUUUAAAAAAGGAAAAAAGCCGCUUGGUUAGCGGACAGGGUGGCCGUGUGCCUGGGCUGGAGGGUGCGUAGCUGCGGUGAGAGGGUGUCCGUGCAGCCAGGCUGCCUCCGCGGCGCUGGGAGAGACCUGGGCAGACCAGGGGCAUGAUCCAGCCCAGCCAGGGGUUGCAUUUUGGAGCA